GGUCAACUGAGGCUAUCUUGAAGGGACACAGAGAGAGGGUGGAAACGAUGUAAGCUGGCCCUUUUGUGCGAUAGCAAAAACAAGCGUAGAAAAGCCCACGAAGUCUCGUUGAUGGAUUCACGUGCCUGGGGGCAAAAUGAUGUCACUCUGUUGUCAUCGCAUGAUCGAACUCGCGGUGAAUAAAGCAGAUCUCUUUACACACGAUUACAGCUAUCUGAUAAUCUUUUUUACUAUGUUUUUUAUACCAUAGCAAUAAUUAAAAAAGACUUGAAACGCUCUGCUUUAGUCAAUUAAUUGUAAUUAACCACCUCAUCGGUCAAUUCUACUCUAAUCGAACUUAAAUGAGACUUCCUUAAAUGUUGAGAGCUUUCAGAAGAAAAAAAACUUGACUGAUGUAGCGCAUGAGAAGAACAGGCUGUUUAGCACACCAGUUAUUUUAAAGAAAGAACUCGUUUCGAAGUCAAUAGGUGCGGGGUUUCUUUAAGCCGAUUUGUCUCACAGUUGUAUGACUUGUAUGAUGAAUGUGAAAAAUUACCGCCGGCUUAGCAAUUUAGGGCGGAGCCUCAAAUGGUGUGUUUUACGGAACUUUUUUAGAAAAGAGAGGACAUGAGAAAAUACAUGUCUCUUCUUAGAAUACAAGCCUUGAUUUUACUUUUCCCAUAAUCUCAGAGUUUAAGUGAUAAAGUGCAUGUAGUGGUUGAGUUUAGAGAGUUUUACUCGAUUGUCUAUGUGUAUACGACCUCGCGAUCCUGAUGUUAUUCAUGUCUCAACAAGGAACCGCGAUGUUGUCAUCGAUCUUCACCUUCACGUAUAGUAUUUCACUGAAGUGAAGUCAAAUAUUUAUUUAAACUUCGUAGUAGGCAAUCCAGUGAGAGCGGAACGUCUAGCUAAGCUUGAGUUUUGUUUUCAUGAAGCUUUGUCGCCCAGAAAUCGCCUCAUUUAUGACGCGUCCAUGAUGCAGUCUGCUCUCUUUGACGAAACGGAGACAUCCGACCAACAUGUUUAUUUCAAGAAGUUCACUUUAGCCAUUUUCGGGGAUUCUGGAGUGGGAAAAAGUUCGAUUGUCCGACAUCUUGUCGGUGAGGACUACAAUCACGAACACGUCCCCACAGUGGAGGAGUUUUAUGUAAAGCCAAUUAGCCACAGAAACAAAGCUUACGAGCUUCACAUCAUUGAUACCUCUGGAACGUACGAAUUCCCUGCCAUGAGGAGAUUAGCGAUCCAGAAAGCUGAUGCUGCAGUCUUGGUAUAUUCUCUCGACAAACCGGAAUCCUUUACUAAGCUGGAGAGAUACAUGGAGGAAAUCGAGAGUUGUUGUGCUGACAGAAACCGGAAGAUUCCAACCAUCAUUGUAUCUAACAAAUCUGAUAUUCCUAACUUAUCAGAGCCAACCUUUCACAACGCUCAUGGUCUUAAAAUCAGUGCGUGUGUUUACCUGGAGGGAAAGUGGAAGUGUCAAUGGCUCGCCACCUCGGCAAAGUUUAAUCUCAACAUUGAAGCAAUAUUCCACAAACUUCUGGACAAACUCAGCCCCGACAAGAACUUGGUAAGGAAGAAAGGCAGCAUUCUCAAGCAAAUCUUGCGUUGAUUUGCUCUAAAGUUAAGGUCUUGUUACUGCUGGGAAAGAUACAGCGCUUUAGUCGUAGCUAGAGUAGAGAUUAUUUAUGAUUAUCUAAAAUACCGUGACGUGCAAGGGAUCUUACAGUCUUUGCCAAGAGUCUCAAUGGGGUUAACCGUUAACCGGAAAAUGGGCCAAAAAUGUACCCGUUAGACGUAAAAAUUGGAAAAUAUGUAACCGUUAGCCAUAUAAACUCAUAUAAAAUGUCAACCGUAAGAACAAUUUAGCCAGGAAAGUGAAAGUCACAAGAUUUCUUGUCAAGAGCUUUUUUGUGUCUUGUCUUGUAGUUUGAUAGCACAGGAAAUCGAAAAGCCUGGACACUUCAUAUUUGUCAAAAAUUCUUGAAAUAAUAACGCUUUUCAUCCCGAAAUAGUGACCUAAGAUAUGUUUUUCAGUUGUCAAAAUUUAUUUUUAAUAUUUUUUAAACAAUUAAACAUAAUUUUAACUUUUUAAGACAAUGAGAAUUAAUUUCAAAGAGAAGGAAAUUAAAUUAACCGUUAGCCGUGAAAAUUAGAAGCCAAAAUAUGUCAACCCGUAGCCGUAAAAGUCACCAGCCCAUUGAGAACCUAUUUGUCGCUGCCUAUCCGCGCGUAAUUAUUUUUGCUGUAAAGAAUUGAGAACAGGUCGGAAAGUUCUGUGCUAUAGAAUUUAUAUUACGGUUCAUAUCGGGUUAAGAGAUCGAUCACUGUUUGUUUAGUAGGUUUUACGUUUUUAGUGAUAAGAACAAUGAGUUAGAAGCUUACGACACUAAAUGUUUAAAAAAAAAAAUCACGAGAGCAUUUAUGUUAAUUUUCAAGUUUAACACAGCCGAGUCCGAGUCAAAAGAUGCUAGGCAGGCAAUUAAUGUUAAUAGCAGGCUUAUUGACAGGUAUCUAAGUAAUCUUGUUUGGCAAAGCCGAAAUAACGUCAGGCAAGGUUAGUACGUCGUAUUGUUGGGUCUAGGGGGGUUUUGUUUACAGAGCGGAGUAUAUAUAACGACCUGAAAACGUCAGGCAGAAAUGUCUCGCCUACAUGAAUAGGAAAUAGUCGCAUCUGUGGUCUGAAAGUUACACCCGCUUUUGUCAUAGAUACAGCUCUUUUAGGUUGGUUCACUUGGAGAAUAAAUUAUAGGAAGGGUACUCAUUUGUAUAAGUGAUAUAAACAAAAGAUUGCUUUUAGUUAGGUAGCUUUCCUGUCAUUCAACAUGUGAUUUGAAUCUCAUGGGAUUGGUUGAAAAAAAAAAUAUCAAUAGUUGGAGAUGGACCAUUAUUUUUUGAGGUGGGGGUGCGGGGGGUGGGCAAUAUUCAGGGGCAUGAAUACUUUUUUAUCGCUUUUAGGUUGCGCAUGACUUUUUUUUGGUGGGCAAUACUUUGUGAAAGAAUUUUAAUAUCAAAAACCAAAAUUAUAAUAGUAGAAAGACCUUUUUUCAUCCUGGCUCUCCUUCGGCUUUGCACCUUUUUUUUGGCUGUGCCGGAAUUGUUUUGUGGAAUUGACCAGCUCCCGCUCCCCCCCGCCCCCCCUUUCCAAAAAAUUAUGGUCCGUCCCUUAAGGUACGAAAUUCUACGUUCUGAAUUAUCACAACGAGGAGAAACGAAUUAAGCUAGAGCCAAUUUUAAAUAAAAUGCGAUGUACUAGAUAAAA